AUGUGGGAAGGGACCGUCCUCAUCACCGGCUGCAGCGAAGGCGGCAUCGGCUCCGCCAUGGCCAAAGUCUUUGCCGCCAAAGGCUACCGAGUCUUCGCCACUCUCCGCAACUCCUCCAAAGGCGGACCCUCUCUCGAGAACACACCCGGUAUCGAAGUCCUCCUGUUCGACGUGACCUCCCUGGACUCCAUCAAGCAAUGCGCCGCCGAGGUGCAAAAGCGCACCGGUGGAAAGCUGGACGUGCUGGUCAACAAUGCUGGUGCCGACUACGUCAUGCCGUUGCUGGACGUGGAUAUCGAUGAUGCGAAGCGGUUUUAUGAUCUGAACGUUUGGAGCGUAUUGGGGAUGGUGCAGGCUUUUGCGCCGGUAUUGAUCAAGGCAAAGGGAGUGGUGGUGAAUCAUAGCAGUGUUGCGAGUGUGAUGCCGCUUGCUUGGGCUGGCAUCUACAGCAGUUCCAAAUCAGCCAUGAACAGCAUAUUGGCUACCCUCCGUGCCGAAGGAGUGCGUGUCAUCACUGCUGCCAGCGAUCUCGUCUUGCCGGAGGGUUCGUACUAUCAGCAGGUCUUUGAUCGGAUCAGUGAUAUCAGGAAGGGACUGGCGCAGCUGGGAUCCAUGGAUGUCAACGUGGUUCCCAGAUCAAUGGUUGCUGAUAUUGAGAGUGGAAAAAAUGGUGUGAUCUGGCGCGGUGGGACGUCAUCUUUGACCAGGUACCUCGUGUGGUUGUUACCGAAUGGCCUUUUUGAGAGUUUGGUGAACUGGGUAAGGGGUCUGGAACGUGUGCAGACUGAAACGAAGUAGGCACGAUGGGUGGUCGGGAGAGGAGUCUCGACUGGAAGUUGACUUCCGUUCAUCCCAUGGUUCUGUUUGUUGGAUGUUCUUGCUGUUUGUCAUCUUUUCCCUUGUUUCGCCGCUUGUACUUGCUUUAGAUUCAUUGUUAGAAAUGACAUGAUCACAAGAUCAACUUUGAAAUCUCG